CAUGUACUCUUAAAGCACCAUAUGAUUUGCUGGAUUCGACUGCUUUCUUGGGACUUGUGCCUGCCCUGUCACGAAUCAGGACCUCAACAACGACCCGUGCAACAUUAAAAUUGAUACCGCACUCUACAAAUAGCAUCGCGCAUAGUCGCUAGGCAUGGAGCGCGCUGCGAGCGAAGCAUCCACCUCGAGCCCAUCAGAAACCAGCAGCGACACAGCGCCGUCCACGAGCACCUUUUCAUCGGGGCCAGAUUACUACACCUUCUAUGACGUCUUCUUCUGGCGCGAUGCACCUGAUUGGUAUCGGAAAACAUUCCACGCCACGGGGUUCGGCCUGGCCUUCUGUGCGCUGAAGCAGUACAUGAACAGGCACGAGCUGGAGGUGUUCCUGCCGCCCCGCUCCAAGGUGCUGCCGGACUCGCUACGCGACGGCUACCGCAACAGCCAGAUGCUCAAAUACGGCUUCCUCAAAGUGGGCAAGGAGACCACAGUCAUUGCCGGCGCGGCGGCCGCCUACUACGCCGGCGCCUACUACCUGGGCGAGUGGCGCGGCGCCCACACCUGGGAGAACUUCGCCGCCUCGGGCGCGGCGGCCGGCGUGGGCAGCGCGCUGUGGCUGCUGCGGCCGGUGCAGGCGCGGCCGCUGGCGUUCGCGGCGGCGCUGGGGGCGGCGCUGGGGGGCGCGAGCGCGCUAGGGGUGCAGGCGCUGGGCGUGCCGUUCUGGGAGGAGGGGCACGACUUUGAGGGCUACUUCUUCGGGAGCAAGGUCAACCUGCGGAAGGAGAGGGAGGAGCGGGAGAAGGUGGGGAAGGCGGGCGCGGGGAGUGCGUAAUGCACUGAUGCAGCAGCUGCAAGACCGCUUGAACGCGUGGCAGAAGGCGCUGAAGGCCCGGGGUGUGGGCCGGCGGCUGGUGCAUGUUGCCUGGUGGGGCCUGAUGGUGCGUGGUCAGGGGGGCUUGCGUGGGGUUGACGUGCGGCGGCAGGGCUGUGCCACUGGACAAGCAGGGACUCAAGAGUGGCGUGUGUGUUUCGGCCGGCGAGCCUGCGUGCCCCGGCCACCUAAGCUGCAAACCGGCCCCCCUGCCCUGUAAUUCAUGACGAAG